AUGUCUCUCAACAAAGCCUGUAAGAAUGGUGAUGUUUCGCAAGUUCAAUUAUUAUUAUCAGGUGAUGAAGUAGUUGAUAUUAAUGAUCAAUAUUCCUAUUCCUCUCCAUUAUAUGCUGCUUGUAAACUCGGAAAUAUUGCAAUUGUUAAAUUAUUAUUAGCUACGGGACGACGAGUCAAUAUCAACAAGGGAGUGCACUGCUAUACAGAUUAUUGUUCAAAUCUAUUUGCUGCCUAUAUGCGGGGUUUUAGAGAUAUUGUAAAGUUAUUAUUAACAAUUGAUGGCAUAAAUGUUAAUGAUGGUUGUUAUCUAAUGAGUACUUCAUUUCAACAUUAUGAUAAACAAGAUUUUCCACUGUAUUAUGCUUGUAAAAUAGGUGAUUAUGAAAUGGUUAAAUGGUUAUUGAAAUUUGAGGAUAUUGAAGUUAACAGAGCUAUUUUCAAUUAUGAUGUAAGUGGAUAG